UGCCGCUUCGCCUGUGAGCUGCUCAAGCACGUCCUGUACCAGCGGAACCAGCUCCCGCUGCCUUACGGGCAGCUCGUUUGCUCCUGCCGGCCGGCGGCUCAGGAUGGAGAUGGAAUUGAGAAGCCACCCUCCAUGGGCUUGGCAAGCAAAAAGUGCCAGCAAAUGCUGACGGAGCUGGAGGGAGUAUGCCAGCACCUGGAAGACUUGUUUAGUUUGACGCUGGUUCCUCGGGUUCUUUUCCUACUUGGAGGCAAUGUGAUGAACCCCAAGGAGGUCUAUGAGCUGGACUUGGAAGGGCUCUGCGAGGGCGGCGCCGAGAACAGCCUCGAGACUGCGCGCUGCGUUCGGCAGCUCUUUCACCGCCUCUUUGUCGCGGAUGUCUUCAGCGACCUUAAGGCUCUCCCUGCCACGGGCACGUGUGUCAUGGCCCAGGGACGCCGUGACUGUGGUGUAGAGUGGUUCUGGCCCAAGCUCGACUACAAAGUGCCAACCCGAGCAAAGAAACUGACUGUUACAUUGUCCUGUGAUGGAGACCACCACCUUAGUGCCUCCCCUCCAGAGCAAAUGUCAGCUGCUUUGGAGGACUACAUCUGGUUCCAAGCACCAGUGACCCUAAAAGGCUUUUGUGAAUGA